AUGGCAUCAUCGUCGACUGAUCUCGGUGUUAAUGAACAUCACGAGGAAAUUAUUCGUCAUUAUGUUCGUUUUUCUGGCGAACAAAAGAUUGUUGGUUUACGAUCAUUUCAUGCUGCGGCUGAUGAUUUUAAAAAUCAACGUUUAUCAGAUGAAGAAAUGAUGACUGCAAAUGAAGUUCAUGAAUUUCUCAAUGAAUUUAUUGAUAUAUUAGAAAAAGAAUUCGAACAAGAAUUAACACAUCAAUAUCGUGUUAAUGCUCUUUUAAUCAAACAAUUAUUUCAACAAGCUGAACAAUGGUUUCUUAAAUUAAAUCCUAAUUUUGAUCAAUUAGAAAAUCGUCGUUUAAUUGAUCUCAUACGUGAUUAUGAACAACAGAAUUUGAGUAAAAUCAAAGCCAAAGGAAAUAAACAAGCGAAUGCACUUAUGGAUCCAAUCAAUGAUACAAAAUCAACUAUUCUACUUAAAACUGAAAUACAAAGAUUACAACAAUCAAAUGAUCACUUAAAACAACGUUUAUCAAAAUAUGAAAAAGACGAUGAACUUUUAAAUCAACAAUUAGAAGAAACAACACGUUUGAUUAGUAAUAAAGAAGAAACAUUUUCUCAAAAAUUAGAAUCCAACGAAAAACGCCUAAAAGAAAUUCAACAAGCACUUCUAUUAGCUGAAAACGAAUUAGAAAAAAAGUUUAAUCAAACGAAUACAUAUAUUAAUAUGAAAAGAAUCAUUGAACAAAAAAAUCAUCAAAUUCGUGCAUUACGACAACAAUUAACUGGUGAUAACGACAAAGAGGAGGAUGAGGACUAG